GAUUUACUGGGUCAGUAAAUUUAAAUGAAUACAUAUUUUCAGUUGAAACUCAUUGUUCUGCCUCUGUCUGUUAGUAUGUUUGAUGUGGGCGGUCAGAGAGAUGAGCGAAGAAAAUGGAUCCAGUGUUUUAACGAUGUGACAGCCAUCAUCUUUGUCGCAGCAAGUAGCAGUUACAACAUGGUUAUAAGAGAAGACAACAGCACCAACCGCCUGCGCGAGUCACUUGACCUGUUCCGCAGCAUCUGGACUAACAGGUUUUUAAGGACGAUCUCAGUAAUCCUGUUCCUCAACAAACAGGACAUGCUAGCAGAGAAGAUCUUAGCAGGGAAAUCUAAACUUGAAGAUUAUUUCCCAGAGUAUGCACGAUAUACGCUUCCUCCAGAAGCAACGCCUGACCCAGGAGAAGACCCGAAAGUGUCCAGGGCAAAGUUUUUCAUCAGAGAUGAAUUCUUGAAAAUCAGCACAGCGAGUGGCACUGACAAACACUACUGCUAUCCCCACUUCACAUGUGCUGUCGACACGGAAAACAUUCGCCGUGUGUUCAAUGACUGUCGUGACAUUAUUCAGAGGAUGCACCUUCGUCAGUAUGAACUCUUGUGAUUGGCUGUCUGGAGCAGUCGCUCCUACGCUUUUCAGUUCCACACCACAUGGGCUCUCUGAGAACUACUGAUGAGUGACAAUGCUGUCAUGUUUUUCUGUUUUCUGCUUUUCACCUUUAUGCUCUUAUUUAUAUUUAUAUAUACAGACACAGUGCCCUCCAAAAGUAGUCAGACCAUAGACAAAAUUUCUCUUUUUGCUGUGGAGUCUAAAGAUUAAAAGUGAAUAAGGCAAAAGUACAGAAUGUACAUUUUAUUUUUUUUACCUGUUUUAACAUAUGCAGUUUACUAACUCGAUGCAGCAACACGUUUGUAAAUAAAUUCUCCUAUCUAAUGUUAUCAUAUUGAGACAAUUUGCCGCCUUAGAAUUAUAAGGUUCUAUCUGCAUUCUGAGUAGUUUUGAGAUGUUGCACUUUAACGUUUUUGGCUUGCAUUCUACUUUGUUGAUAGAAUUUUUCAAAGUCCUAAAAUGUACACAAC